UUGCUCAACCAGAAACCUUUUAUAAGAUAGUUCGGCAAUCAAUCUCCAGCCAUAAAUGAGAACUGCCGAUUUGCGUCAUGCAGUCGAAUAUUAUGUUUAGGCGGUAACAAUUUAAUGUUGCAUCGAUUCAUCAAAUUUAUACGUCUACCAACCGUACUACCUAUAUUGAAUACGAUACACGUGAUGCAAUGCAAAACUGUAGACUUUUUGGGUUUUUAUUGAAUUUACUUCACACGACUGUUUCCAACCUAAAACAACGAUGAAAAAACAGGCCGGUAAUACGUACCCCAUCAAAUGGCGCCAUUCAAAGUUCUGAACGUCUGUUAUGGCAUUUUUCACUGGACUAAAUUUGGUGUAACGUAGCUCAUGGUAACGCUUUCUGCCCUUUCUUUUCUUUCCGUCAAGAGGGAGAUGAAACCAAACUCAAUGUACACUUUUUGACCAGUGAAAGACACUGUUAAUGCAAUCCCAUCCAUUUACAGUGUCUCACAUCUGAGGUGCUAUUUACUAAAAUGAGCAAGACUAAGGAGUCACCUGCCUUAGAAGGAGAGACGGAAGAAGAGUUCAGCGUUGAGAAAGUAUUAGACAGGCGUGUAAUCAAAGGGAAAAUCGAAUAUUUCCUCAAAUGGAAAGGGUACAGUAAUGAUGAAAACACAUGGGAGCCAGAGGAAAACCUCGACUGUCCUGACUUGAUAGCUCAGUUCGAGGAACAACGUAAAAAAAAAGAAGCAGCUAGCUCUGGAAAAAAAGAAGAAAAAGAAGUAAAAAAACGGAAAAGUUCAUCCACACCAGUUCCAACAGCUCCAUCUAAAAAAAAGGUUUCCGAAGAAAAGAAACCUGAAGGAUUUGACAGAAAUUUGGAUCCAGAAAGAAUUAUUGGUGCAACAGAUUCCAGUGGGGAAUUAAUGUUUCUAAUGAAAUGGAAAGGUACGGAUGAUGCAGAUCUGGUACCAGCGCGAAUAGCGAAUGAAAAAUGUCCACAAAUCGUAAUUAGAUUUUACGAAGAACGUCUAACCUGGCAUAGUCCUACCAAUGACGAAGAAAAUAAUAAAGCAGAUCCUGAGUAGCAAUUACCAGCUCAAAUCCAAAAAUCCAAGCCAGGCUUGUCUUACACUGCUCGUUUUAAAAUAUGCCGCAUUUAGCAUGUAAAAUAAGCUCUAUGUAUAACUCAUUGUAAGGACCCCAUUACCGUUGGUGUUGUUUGGAUUCAUAAAAAAGAAAUCAAUUUUGAGGCAUUGAUUGUUUAGUUUUUCGUGUAACGUGCGGCUAUUCAAAUAGGCAUAUGCCAUUCCAUGUUUAAAUUGAAAAUUCUGACAACGACCACACAAUGUUUCUACGUUAAGUAUGAUUAAUAAAAUCCAUUUUUUUUCCUUUUUUUCAAUACUCAUAUCAUUUGUUACUCUAAUAAGUAUUUCAAUGAUAUUUCUACAAAAAUGAAAGAAAGGUUAUUGACUGUUUAUGUAGAACUCUGAUUCUAUGUGACGCUCAACUCAACACACACACACACAGCUAGACGCUCGUGUUACUUCUCGUUUUAUCCUAAUGGUAUGAUGCACACAUGCCAUGUGAUCACAAACGAUAGAUAUACAUUUUGGAAGUACAGAUCUGUCCAUUUACAGUCCCGAAGUGGCAUGCAUCAAAAAGCAUGGAGCCAAUAAUCCAGUUACUCAUAUGCGAAUCGAGUUCGUUUUUCUCUAUCAUUCACACGAUUUUGAAUAUGAAUCUAAGCAUGAUGCAUCAUUUAUUGUUUUUUAUUAAUACUACCGUAUUUGAUUCCUUGCAUUACCUAAUAUUGUCUUAACAUUAUAUGAUUAAUAGAUGACAUGUGUGUAAAAACAGCGUCGUAGAUGUUGCUUGUCUCACAAGAGAACCUUUGACGACUUCAAAGAUUGUGAACUAUUCUUUUAUAAUUUCAAAUAACUACUUGUCCUCGACUAUCGACUUUUAGGCAAUACCAUUUUGAAUCAUUUAAUAAAUUACACAAUAUUUUUUCUAAAAUUUGUAUCAGAUUGUGCCGAUGGUUGGUAUCUUCCAAGAGUUAUGUCAGUUACUGUAGUACAUUGAAUAACAUUCUACUUAAAUAAGUUAUCGUGAUUUCGAAUAAAGUACCUAGAAGGUAGUGAUGAAACUUCUGUUGAAAUUUAAAAAAUAAAUUUGUAUAUGAAAAUAA